AUGGGCUCGAAACUCUACUUUGGCCUUACGGGCAAUGCCCUGAGCAUUCUUCAGAUCGCCCUCGUGGUUUGCCCAGCCUUCAUCCUCUUCGGAUACAACCAGGCCGGCCUCGGUGGUCUGCUCACCUCGGAGGAUUGGGUCAAGACUUUCCCAGAGAUCGACACGGUCAACACCACUGGCGCCACUAAGAACGCCAACUCGACGCUGCAGGGCUUCGUUGUCGCCACCUUCACCAUUGGUGCUCUUUUCGGUUCCCUUUUCUGCUCCUGGGCCGGCAACGCUUUUGGUCGUCGUAAUGUUAUCUUCUUCGCCGGUGUCUGCACCCUCAUUGGCGAGGUCCUCGAGUGUGCUUCCUUCCAGCUGGCACAGCUCAUUGUUGGUCGUGUUAUCGUCGGUUUUGGUAUUGGACAACUCAGCUCCAUUGUGCCCGUCUGGCAGAGUGAGACAUCCGGAGCUAGCAACCGUGGUCGCCAGGUCGUCCUCACUGGUCUCUUCACCUGUGUUGGUUACGUCUUGGAGAGCUGGAUUAACUUGGGCUUCUGGGAGUUCAAGACUGGUCCUGUCACAUGGCGCCCUCCCAUCGCCAUUGCCAUCGCUUUCUCUCUCAUCAUGAUGGGCAGCAUCUACUUGCUCCCCGAGUCGCCUCGCUGGCUCGUCAUGAAGGGUCGUACGGACCAGGCUCGCAGCAUCAUUUCCGCAUUCAGAGGCCUGCCUGAGGAUUCCAUGGAGGUCAUGGCCGAAGUUGCUGGCAUUGAGCAUUCACUCGAGGAGACCACCCAGAACGCUGCCAAGCUCACCGACAUGCUCAAGAUGGGCGAUGACAAGCUGGCCUACCGCUUUGGACUCUGCAUCCUGCUCCAGUUCUACCAGCAGAUGUCUGGAAGCAACCUUGUUUCCGUCUACGCACCCAUCUUGUUCCAGCAGAACCUUGGCAUGGAGCCUGAGGCGUCCAAGGCCCUGGCGGGUGGCGCCCUGACCUGGAAGUUCCUCUCGUCCUUCUUGGCCUUCUUCGCCAUUGACCGAUUCGGCCGCCGCGCCGUCUUUAUCUUCAGUGGCUUCGGCAUGUGUGCUUGCAUGACCUGCCUGGCCAUCACAACGUCUUUCCCCAAGGAUAACCAGGCGGCUCAGAUCGCGGCCGGCUGCUUCAUCUACCUGUUCAACACCUUUGUCCCCAUUGGUUUCUUGGGCGCCAACUUUUUGUACUGCACUGAGAUCGCACCCAUUCGCCUCCGCAUGGCCAUGUCUUCCAUCUCUACCGCCAACCACUGGCUCUGGAACUUCAUUGUUGUCAUGGUUACCCCUGUUGCCCUUAACACCAUUGGCUGGCAAUACUACAUCGUCUACGCCGUCAUCUCGGCUUGCAUUCCCGUCAGCGUCUACUUCCUCUUCCCUGAGACCAUGGGUCGCAACUUGGAGGAAAUCGAGCUGCUUUUCAAGGAGUCCCCUUCCGUGUUCGCGACGGUCAAGUUCGCAAAGAACCGACCCAUCGCUAUGCCCCAGGAGUUCGAGAGCGACAAGCCAAGCCAGAAGGCCGACUACGUUGAGAAGGCCACUGACGACUCUGCCUAA